GUUUGAUAUAAGUGCAUUUAUAUAAGUGCGUUUGAUAUAAAAACAUCGGUUCAUUGUGACAUCUUUUUAAUAAUGAAAAUAUUUAUAACAAUAUAAAAUCUCUCAAACAGUUAGAUAUUUAAAUAAUUUUUGGUGAAUUUUUAUUUAUGCACAAGUACAAUUCUUAUUACAAAAACGGAUACAUUAAAUUUAAGUUUGAGGAUUAAAAAAGUGCAGAACGAAACGAAACUUGAUUAAGGUGGCCAAUUAUUUCGUGAACCAACGAUGUUCACUGUUAUAUUGCUAUCACUUAUCCUUAUAUUAUGGAUGUAUAAUUAUUAUGUGCAACAUGGAAAAACUGGGCGAUUAAUCAAUCUUAUACCAGGACCACCAGCUCAUCCGAUUAGUGGGCAUGUAUUGAAAUACAUAUCACAAUUUAGCUCACGUGUGGCGCUGUGGAAGCUUCUACGUUCAGUAUGUAAAGACAACUAUCCUAUUUUUAAAUUAUGGGCAUUCUCUAUACCCCUAGUAUCCAUUAGUCAUCCGGAUGAUCUAGAGGUAAUAAAAUAUAAAGCAUUUCGUUCUGGUUUCUUUUUCUAUUUUUGAUAUAUUAGUGACAAG